GGAAAGGAUUAUAGGACACCAUGAACUUGAUCUACUUCACCACCAUCAUCGCAGUAGCCACAGCAGCCCAGCUGCCUUCACCUUCUUACCUCCCUAGUUCCCAAGGGGGGCAAGGACAGGGAGGUUACCCUGGAAAUGGGGGGAAUGGCGGAUUCGGAGGGGGGAAUGGCGGGUUUGGGGGAGGAAAUGGGGGGUUCGGGGGUGGUAACGGGAACACAAGACCGCAGCAGGCUGCUGAGAAAAAUGCUGCCAUCUUGAAACAGGAUCAAGAGAUUAAUGACAAUGGCUUCCACUACAGCUACGAAACCUCCAACGGCAUCAGAGCAGAGGAAGGCGGAGACGCCUCCCAGACUCAGGGUGGUUUCUCGUACAAAGGAGACGAUGGCAAUACCUACACCAUCGUCUUCACUGCAGGAGAAGGAGGCUUCAGGCCCCAGGGUGACCAUAUCCCGGUGGCUCCUCCCACUCCACAGGCGAUUCUUGAAGCGUUGGCGCAGAAUGCAAAGGAUGAAGCUGCGGGCAUCUUUGAUGAUGGCAAAUACCGCCCUGACUCCAACGGCAAAGGCAAUGGUAACGGUUUCGGCUCUGCUAACCACCAAGGCAGCUUCAACUCCGGCUCAGGAUAUCGGUACUAAAAAUAUUAAGUGUAGAUAAAACAAGGAGUAUUGAUGGAAAGAAUAC